AUGACACAAUCCGAGACUUUCCUCUCGAAAGCGCUUGCGACUAUUAUCACGGAUGCUAGCCGUCGUUGCUAUAUAAUUAUCAGUGUCAUUUUCUCAUUGCCCGUUGCCGCUGGAGUACCUACACCGGGGUAUCCACAUCUAGAUUCGCCAAACCCUAACUACAAUGACUUCGCUCUGGAGCCCUCCACCAAUGCUACGGUUCUCGCCGACUCGACGUACUUCCAGCCUGGGAACAUGAAAUUCCAGCAAUGGGCGGGCCGUGCACAAAGGAUACGCGACGUGAAAACUCCAGAAUACUGUGCGGGGAACCUAUCGGUGGCAUUGGAAGAAGUUGGUGCAGCAUAUCAAGCAAGCGCAAACGGUUCGACGACUCUACUAACCCUGCUUCCUACCGUAGGCGCACUUGUAGGACCACCAGCAAGAGAGCUUUGGGUAUUGUACAAGCUUGUUCCACUAGCUGGAUUCUUUUCUAGUGUUCUUGCACUUGGUGGAAAUAUCGUACCUCAUCAAGUCAGCGAAUAUGCUAGUCUGGAAGACUUUUCAUACACCGGUAUGCCGAACGCAAACACCGUCGAUGGAAUGUUACAGCGCAGGCCGAGUGAUCGAAAAUGGUCAGAUCAGUCAGACUUGGAUCUGCAGCAGGUCGCUGGACACUUUGCGGAACAGGUCUAUGCUAGAGCUAUGGAUUCAAGAGGUUCGGUAAAGACGUUGAAAGUCGCCUUCGGUAUCUUUGGGCUCAUGGCAUGUAUGGCCUCAAUUUGUACCGCUUGCUACAUUCUUUCUGCUGGUAGCAUUGUAGUAUGGUGGUGUAAAGCGGAUAAUUGGGCAUUUACAUGGUAUAGCAUUACCAUCUUUGCAUCGGUUCUGGAAAACUUCGCCAAUGCGCCCUUCGCCAAAGAUUGGGUAAUGCGUAUUUCUCGCGCACCAGAUUUACGAAUCGCCUCAGACGCACCAUGGGUCAUCUCAUCAGACAAGCCCGCAAUCGAGUCAUACACUGAUCAAUCGUUCCAAUCGUCCGAGCCGGCCGAAAACAAUACCCAUGCAAACAUCUCACUGCUAAACAACUUCGAUCCGAAACGCUCAGUCAUCGACAGCCUUAUAAAAGGAUACAAUACCAAGAGUUGUGUGAUUAUGGAUCGAACUGUACCCUGGUGCGCCUCUAAUGAUGCAUUCUACGUUAUCAUCAGUCGCGAGGGGGUGCGCAAAGGACGUACAGCACUACGCAUCUUUUCGAAAUUAGUAUCUGUAACUGUAUAUGUUGUGUCUACUGCACUCUUCGCUAGCUCGACUUUAUUACACUUCCAACCAGCUAUCCUCGUUACAUCACUCGUCCUUUGCGGCGCCAUCUUCGGCCGUGUGAUAGCGAUGUGGAUUUCCUCAAUCAUCAUGCGCGACCGCCCAGUGUUGCAUCGCAUUGUCAAGACGAAGAAAGAGGCCGAUAUAUUCGUUGAGGCAGUAUUGAGGAAAGACGGACUUGUGUGUGAAGUUCUCGGACAUGUUGUAAUCAAUGGAAGAUGUGUCAAAAGGUCUUGGAGGUUUACUUGGAGUACCGUCUUUGGCAUUCUAGCUAAACCCUUCAAUGUAAAUAGCAUUAGUAUGGUCUCUUCAGUGUAA